CGGGCACGAGCGUGCCGCGGGAGCGCGCGCAUAGGCAGGAAGCGCAGGGAAGGAGCGGAGGAGCUCAGUCGCCAGCGGAGCCCCGGACGGUGGAUGAACGGAGCGGCGCCCCCCUCGUCGCUCACCUCCCUCCCCCCCCAGCAGCGGACCGCGGCCCCCCACACACCUGCGAGACGAUGAUGCUCCGACUGCUGCACCUGCUCGGGGUGCUGGUCUGCAGCGGACAAGCUGCCCUCCAAGUCUCCAUAUCCUUGAAAAAAGUGGAGUUGAGUGUUGGAGAGUCCAAGUUCUUCAUCUGCACAGCCAUCGGGGAGCCGGUGAGGCUGGAGUGGUUCAACCCCCAGGGCGAGCGCAUCGUGGCGUCCAAGCGCAUGAUGCUCCACACCGAGUCGUCCCGCUCCAAGCUGGUCAUCUACAACGCCAUCAUCGAGGACGCCGGCAUCUACCGCUGCCAGGCCACCGAGGCCGGCGGACACACGGCGGAGGCCUCGGUGGUGCUGGAAAUUUACCAGAGGCUGACUUUCCGGGACGUCGAGUCCCCGCAGGAGUUCCGGCACGGUGAAACGGCGGAGGUGGUGUGUGAUGUCAUCAGCUCCCCUGUCCCCGUGGUGGUGUGGUACCGCCAGGACCGGGAAAUCACAGAGCAGUACCACAGCAGGUUUCAGGUUUUGCCGAACAACAACCUGCAGAUCCAUCAGGUGACCAAGGCUGACGAGGGCGUGUACCGCUGUGAAGCCAGCGUGGAGGCCCGCGGCGAGAUCGACUUCGUGGACAUCGCCGUGGUGGUCAACGUGCCGCCGGUGCUGUCGGUGUUCCAGCAGUCCUUUAACGCCACGGCCGACUACCAGGAGUCGGUAACCUUCACAUGCAUCACUUCAGGCUCCCCUGAACCGGCCGUCACGUGGCACAGAAAAGGUCAGCAGCUAGAGCCAUCAGAGCAGUACAUCCUCGACAAGAAGGGGGACGGUCGCAGCACGUUAACCAUCCGCAACAUCCGCCAGGCGGACGGAGGAGCCUACGCCUGCAAGGCCACCAACAAGGCGGGGUCCCAGGAGAGGGAGCUCUUCCUCAAAGUGUUCGUCCAGCCGCACAUCACCCAGCUGAAGAACGUGACGGCCGUGGAGGGCAGCGCCGCCAUGAUCUCCUGCGUGGCUGAGGGCGAGCCUCUGCCGGAUAUUUCCUGGAGGAGAGCCAGCGACGGGCAGACCUUCAUGGAUGGAGUCAAGAACCGAGACGGACGCUUCGAGGUUCGAGGUCGUCACGGUAAAUCGGUGCUGACCAUCAGCGGCGUGAGGCUCACGGACUUGGGUCGGUUUGACUGCGAGGCGCAGAGCAGGAUAGGAGGUCAUCAGAAGAGCAUGUUUCUGGACAUUGAGUAUGUCCCCAAAUUCCUGACCAACCAGAGCAUUUUCUACUCCUGGGAGGGAAAUCCGGUGAACAUCAGCUGUGACGUGAUGUCGAACCCGCCCGCCACCAUGCUGUGGAGGAGAGAGCGCUUCACCAUCUCCGAGGUCACGCCCAACAUGCACAUCCACAGAGCGGAGGGCCGCUCCGUGCUGGAGGUGACGCCCAUGUCCGACAGAGACUUUGGCCGCUACAACUGCACGGCCCGGAACAACAUCGGAGUUCGAUACCAGGAGUUCAUUCUGGCCCAGGCAGAUGUCCCUUCCAAUCCGUACUCGGUGCGCCUGUCGGCCGUCUCGCAGCGCCUGGCAACGGUCACGUUCUUGAAGCCGGACUCCCACGGUGGCGUUCCCAUCAGCUACUACCUGGUCCAGUAUAAAGAAGUGGGUUCUCAGGACUGGAGGGACGUGAAGUCCCACAGUGUUCAGACCACAGUGGUGCUCACGGGACUGGAACCCAACACCACGUACGAGGUCCGGGUGGCUGCCGUCAACGGGAAGGGUCAGGGGGAGUUCAGCCACACCGAGAGCUUCCAGACUUUAGCAAUCCGAGAACCGAGUCCACCAGCUGUCCACGGGCAGAAAGGGAUCGGGAAGGCGUACCGGCUGGGUCUGGUUAAGCAGGAUGAUGGAGGGAUGCCCAUCGUGGAAUAUAUAGUCAAGUACAAAACGGACAAAGAGGAGCAGUGGAUGACCAAGCUGGUUCCUGGAGCCAACGACUUUGCGCUGCUGCAGCCGCUGCAGUGGAACACCAAAUAUGAAGUGGAGAUCACAGCGCGUAACGUCAAGGGUCUGUCGGAGCCCACCUUCUACCAGUUCUUCAUGCCGCAGAAGCCGGACGUUACAGCAGAAUCCCUGUUCAGCGGCCUGGGCUACGGCGCUGUGGUUGGGCUGGGCCUGGGCGCGCUGCUGCUGCUCCUGGUGCUGGUGGACGUCAGCUGCUUCUUCCUGCGCCACUGCGGCCUGCUGAUGUGCAUCACGCGCUCGCUGUGCAGCAAGAAAACCGCCACCAGCAGCAAGGGCAAGGAGAUGGAGGAGGGCAAGGCCGCCUACCUGUACACCUUCAACAGCCGCCCCACCACCCUUUCGACCACAGAAGCUACCGCUGAAGGAAGAGAAUGGAAAAGAGUCUCUCAAGCCCGAUACCAUUGAAAUCAAGGUGCACGGCGACAACAGCCUCCACAUAAAGCCGGACGACAGCAAGGCGUAAAGAAAAAAAACAGAGGGGGGGUCGGUCCUGCCGGUGCCACCAAAAGAACAUUCGGAUCACGAGACCAAAACCGAAGGAAGCUUUGACACUGGAGAAACGGACGUGUAAAUACAAAUUCUAGAGAGGAAAUAGGAAGUGUUUACGUUGUUCUCAUGGAUUCAGUGGGAGGAGCUUAUUGAUGGAUGAUUGUACAUUGUUUCUUUGCCUUUUAUUCGUCUCAGUUCUGUCUGUUGAGGGUGAAUUCUCCGGUUUUGUUUGUUUUCGCUCAUAUAAGAUUCCGGUUGAUGUCUGUAACCCCGCCCACCUCCCAUAAACCCUUUAAGGAGCUCGAGGGGUAAGGGUUCCACGCCCGAUGCAACAAACGUCUGCCUUCUACAGCCGGACUGAAUGUGAGCGGCAGGUCGAGCAGCAGGAAAACAAACCUUCGUAGCAUUCACGUCGUUGUCACGGCGCCGCCGGAGGUCGUCUGCGACGGCGCCACUCCUCCGUGUCGAAUCUUUUUGUUGAUUUUUUUCCAACACUUUCUGGCUCUUCUCUCUGAUGUUGUGUGUUGUACAUAGGUGGAAAAAAAAGAAUAUUUUACAGAGCUUUUAUGUAAAUAUACUCUAAAGGAUGUGUCUCUUUUCCUGAUGCAAAACGGCUUUUAUUUGUCAACAUUUCUCAGACGGUUUUACCUUUUUUUUCUGUUGUUGUUUUUUUUCCCCCGUUGUGUUUUGGUCUAAAGUUCAGUGAUGGUGUAAAAUUGCUUUUCCACUCAUUUGCUUUCCCUACCCCCCCCCCCCCCACACACAUCUCAUUGGAGGUAGUGUCACCGCGCCCCUCCGUUGUUUCCUCCUCCGUGCGCAGCAGCGUCCUUUCCCAUCUCCUCAUCUUUUUUUCUGUUGUUCAUACGUUGAUCGUGAACUCUGGGAAAUGUAGUUUUAGCGUCGACGCCACUGGAUGCAUGGAGCUGCGAGGAGCCGCAUCGUCAUGUGUUGAAUGUAUCGUCAUGUUUGCGGUUGCUUUCCUCAUCUCGGCCCCCCAUCACCCGCGACGAGUCUCCGGGGCAACGCCUACACGCGGGGUCUGGUCCUGCUGAGGUCGCUGAAUGUCGGGUUCUUGCCUCUGUGCAUGUGUUGCAACACCCCCUCCCCAGUAGAAGAAGGUCGGCCCCCCCGCCUGUAAAUACGGGAACACAGUGCCUGGAGGCGAAACAAAUUGUACAUGUUUUCUUUUGUAUUUGGAUAUAAGUCGAUAAAGCCCCGCCCUCUUCCCUAAAGUCCUGUUUUUUUUCCUGUCGGGGGGGUAAAAACAAGUGUUUGAGCUCAGUGUACAGUAUGUGUCCUCUCUGUCCCCCCCUCCCUUUGGACUGUCCCCCGCUGGAUGUGCUUUGUGCAGGAGGUGGGAUCUAUUGAUGUCUGUACGUACCUGUGGACUCUCGUGACUCCUCCCAUUUGCCGCUGUAAAUAAAAACAUGUCCUGGUA